AUGAAAUAUCCCUUUUUUUUUGUACUUCUUUUUAUAUAUUUGUUUAGCUACUUUUGCAAUUGUGAAAAAGUAAAGAAAAAUAAAAAUUUAAGAAAUUUAUUAAAAUCAUUAACAAAUAGAGUGGAUACAGAUGAUGGAAAAAAUGAAUAUUCUCGUUUAACUCAGUCUCCAAAAAUAGAAAUGAAAUUAUCUAAAGCAAAUUUCAAAACAACAUUGCAAAAUAUCCUUAUUCAAUCAUAUUCAGAAAAUGUUAAAGAAUUAAUUUCAAAAACUAAUUAUGAAAUACAAAAAGAGAAAUCAUUACUAGAUGAAAUAAAUAAUUCUAAUUUUAAUUUAAAUAAAAUAGCUGAUAUACUUUCAGGAAGUACUAAUAUAAAGAGAAGUAAUAAAUUGAGAAAUAAAUAUUCUCAUUAUUUAGGAGAUAACGAUUUGGGAUUAAUUUUCCUUCCAAUAUACAAAACAUUUAAAUCAAAUUCAUCACAUUUUAAUAAUAAUUUAUAUUCCUCUUUAUUACCCCAUGAAUUAUUAGAAAAAGGUUAUUUAUCAAAUGAACAAAUUUUAAGAAAUUCACAAAAAAAACUUUUAUUUCCUGAAAGAGGAGAUAUCACUUUAGAAAUAUAA